AUGUCAACCUUUACGCUUCCCGCCUCUGAGCCACCGGUGCCUGUCCAGUUGACAUCAGACAUAUCUCAAUCCCAGCUGCUUUCCUUCCCAGCGUUUAAAAUAUGGCUGUCGACCCUACGUCAUUCUCUGUCUAGACAACAGGACCCUUCUCAUGAGUUCCAUGCAAAGCCGUACGUGCUGCGAAGCAUCAGCGUACAGGCUGUCGACCACUUUGGGGCAAACAGGCUUGGUUUUGUCAAAUUCAAAGCGGAUGUCUCUACUGAUGACGGAGACAGGUUGCCGGGUAGCGUCUUCUUGAGAGGCGGCAGCGUUGGCAUGCUCCUCAUUCUCCAACCCGACGAUGCAUCGAACGGUGAUAAACAUGUCGUCCUUACUGUCCAGCCUCGCAUUCCAGCGGGCUCACUUUCUUUUACUGAACUACCGGCCGGCAUGAUCGAUGAAAACGGCUCCUUUGCCGGAGCCGCUGCCAAAGAGAUACAUGAAGAAACAGGCCUUGAUAUCAAGCAAGAUGAGCUAAUUGACAUGAGCUCACUUGCUCUACUUGGCUCUCCUAGCGACAACAGUUACGAUGAACUUGACAAGAAGGAAACUUUACAGAAUGCAGUGUACCCUUCGCCUGGAGGAUGUGAUGAAUUCAUUCCUCUUUUCUUGUGCGAAAAACGCUUGCCCAGGGCGAAUAUGCAGCAGAUGCAGGGACAGCUCACAGGGCUGAGGGAAGAAGGUGAAAAGAUCACCCUUAAGCUGGUGCCUCUAGACAAACUGUGGAAGGAGGCAGCUCGGGAUGCGAAGGCAUUGUCGGCAUGGGCUUUAUACCAUGGUCUAAAGAAGGAUGGGCUUCUAUGA